CACACACACAGUGCGCUCACAAAGGGAAGUGGUUACAAUGGCCAAGCUUUGUGAGCAGGAAAGCAGUCUGGCACAUACAUCUACAACUACAGUGACUCGCAGUUAAAAGCAGCCGCCUCUACCUGAUUCCCUGGAACUGUUAGAACCACAGGAGAGAAAUGAAUUCAAGUGUCAACUGCAGCUACACUCAGGUGGACUCUAUAGUGAAAAAUGUACAAUUGGGGAUUUAUAUACCUACCUUUAUCUUGGGCUGUAUCCUGAAUAUAUUUGCACUAUGGAUAUUUUUCUGUUUUAUUAAAAAAUGGACAGAAGCCUCCAUUUACCUGAUCAACUUGGCAAUCCUGGACCUGUUUCUUCUUUUGUCUUUGCCGUUCAAGAUGUUUUACUCAGAGCAAGAACCAAUAGAGGACCAUCAUUUAUGCACCUUCGCAGAGAUCCUUUACUUCACCAACAUGUAUGGGAGUAUCUAUAUGAUCACAUUCAUCAGUCUGGACAGAUAUAUUGCAAUCAAACAUCCAUUCUGGGCCAAACAUUUACGCUCUCCAAAAAAGACGACAGCAAUUUGUUUUUUUAUUUGGAUUUUUGUAUGGGUAUUCGGUGCUUCAACUUUAAGCAAGGAAGACCGUAAGGGCUGCUUCCACAAAAUGUCAAAAAAAAUCUGGAGCCCACCACUCAUCAUUUGCCUUGAGCUUUUUGGAUUUCUAAUACCAAUGAUUAUCAUAAUGGGCUGCUCCAUCCAAAUAGUAAGAGAACUAAGAGCUCAAAGAGGUGUACCAGAGCAACAUAAUGGGCAAAGAACCACAGUCAGGCGCAUUAUUAUAUCCAACCUUGUGGUGUUCCUGCUUUCAUUUCUACCCAGUCACCUGGGCAUUUUCCUGCAGUUACUUGUCAAGCAAAAUAUCAUCACUGAUUGUUCUAAAACACAGAGCAUCAGUCUGUUUUUGCAAUUAUCAAUGUGCUUGGCUAAUGUCAAUUCAUGUCUUGAUGCUGUUUGCUAUUACUUUGCAGUAAAGGAAUUUCGGGAAACAUCAGUAAGAAGCCAUUCCAUCAUUCGGAAAACAAUUUCAUUACAACAAUCUAGGAGUGAGUGAGGACAAAUCUGCUGUUCUUUAUAGAUCAGAGGAAACCACUUGGGUCAAUGAAGAAAUAAUGACUGGAUCACCUAAAAGGGACACUACAUAUCUAUUAUGGCACAGAUAUCUAGCACCUCUACUUAGGGAGUUGUCCCUGUUGUUAUUAUUAUCCUUUAAUUUAUAUAUUGCUGACAUAUUGUGCAGGGCUUUUUCAGAGAUCCAUCAGAGAACAGCACUCACAUUGCACUAAUUUGGCUUCCAUAACCCACCCAUGGACUACAAUUUCACCUUCCUUUAGACUUCUUCUGGUGGGAUAAUAACACAAUAGGAGAUGAAAGUGGCCAAUCUGCCAGAAAGACAAUUGCAGUUUGGGCAAAAAACAAGCUACACCAGAAACACCUUGAUAGAAGAAAAUAUCAACCAUCCAUUAGAAACAUCAUACAGCAAAUAUAAAUGAAGGCAGUGUUGCCCUUAUAACCUACUAACACAACUAGUACCGAUUGCGUUCAUCUUCUUGAUAACAAGUUUUUUUCCGCUUUCUUUCAAUGAAACAAUUAUUUCCUGUUUCUAUUCUGUUUAAACCAUUUCAGUUGUUGCUGAUUAAAGGGGCAUUGUACUGACCAGCUAUUCAGUUAAGAUUGUGUAGAAAUUCAUUUUUAAUAAACAGUUUCACAUGUCUGAUUUCAUUCAA